AUGCUAUCGGAUCUAGGAUUGGUUCAGCGAUUUCCGAUGCUUAGUAAAGGAAUAACUACCCAUUUAGUGGUUUACAGGAAAUUCAUCACUGGAAAUAGAAAAGACUCUAGUGCAAGAGGAGCUGCUGGUGUAGAUAUCAUACAGCUGCGAAAUUCGAUUGUUUCAGCAGUUAAAGAAGCUCGUAAUGGCUUGCGACAGCAUCAGGAGCUGAAAGUUCAGCUGGGAUUCGAGAAAACUCAUCGUCAAUUUGUUAUAUUUGCAAGAGCAGUAAGGGUUCUAGAAUCUCAGGGAUACGUCAAGAGAGUUAUUGUACAUACACAGAGCGAUAAAGGAGAGAAGGUAUAUAAAGUGAGGUGUAUUAAGUUUGUCAAGGAUUUACCAGAGUCUGACGACAAAGGCGAUUUGGAGUCGGAUUUAUCUGAUGAUAGCGAUUUUGCCGAAAUCGAUGAGGAGCCUGACGCUGAUGGAACAGGUACCACAGCUGCUGGUGCCACCACAGACACUACAUCUUCAAAGACUUCAACUCCUGCGAAGGGUAAAAUCGGUCAAGGAGCAGAUUCAAAUGUUACUUCUGGGACCAGAGAGAGAAGUGGUGAUAGCGCAGACGCUCCAGAUGUGUCUCAGAUAGAUUCUUCAUCGUUGGUCAAAAUUUAUGAAGACGGCUAUAUUCCCGAUCAAUCUGACAAGAAGUACAUCUUUUUCAAUCAGUUCUAUCCUCUAGAAAAUCAGAUCUAUGACUGUAUUAAUUCUGGAGGUGAGUUUGGCAUUCCCGCCAUGGAUCUAGGUAGUAAUCUUGUGGGAAGUAAUUAUAGCCGAAUUUUUGCUAGAAUACUGGAUACACUCUCUGAUAAACCCGCCACUGCUUCUAAAUCUGCUGGUAAGAAGAAGAAGCCCAUUGUUCCUCCUAAAAACUUGGAGCAUUUGACAAUUAUUCGUGGUAUUGAUUUCUCUGCUCGUAUGAAGUUCUAUCGGUACUUUUCCCAGCCAGGUUAUUUUGCAUACGGAGGCAAAACUCCGGAGGAGAACUGGGGGACAUGGAAGGAGAUAAAUCUCACGGGAGCUGCAAAGUCUCUACGCGCUUUAGACAAGAAGCUGUCAUCCGCUCUGCCAGGAUUAGUAGAAGUUCGUCAAGAUAACGAAGGUAAUGUCGUACCAUUGUUCCACGGAGAAAAAGGCAAGAUUGGCGACUACGCUGUUAUUAAUGCUGCACCGAGACCACCAGAAACGAGUACUGGAAAGAAAAAAGGUAGACCACGCAAAAGCGAUGUAGCGGUGGAUCCCAACGCACCGCCACGGAAAAGAGGUAGACCAAGAAAAGACAAGAGUGACCAACCACCUGUCAAACUUUCGAAAUCUGGGAAAGUUCGUGCAACUAGAGCAAGUAAGGAGGCUGAAGUCAAGAUAGAAGAGGGAGUUGAUAGAGCAAGUGCAGAAAGUGUAAAUAUCCAAGAAGAUAUGUUGACACAAGAUGCUGCCGAUGAAGCAGCCGCAGCGUUGGUAGGACUGAGGGGUGAGACCAGUUCCCAAACAUCAUCAGCCUUUAAUGAUAGAGAGCAAGUUAUGACCGAUGGUGAAGAAGAGAGAGACCUGGAUCAGGUCAGCACGGAUGUUACACCAAUAGAUAACACUGCUCAAAACAAUGUAGAUUCUGCAGUUGUAUCUCGUGUGGACGUAGGUGUUCCUGUUCAGCCAACUUCUCCACAUGUCGAGGGGACUACAUCAAUCAAAGUAAAGGCCGAACCUGACGACGACCACAGUGCUAAUUCAAGCAUUUAUACUACGCCAGUGCCUGAUAUUCCUGUUAUUCCUACCACUCCUAGUUUGACUCCCGGAUUCCAGCCAGAAGUAAGAGAGGGGCCUACAGUUGAUACUCCGGCUGCCACUAGUACUACGGGAGAACAAAUUAAUUCCACGGCACCAUCCGAAAGCGGGCCAACACCAGGGGAUGCUGAAGAGCUGGCUAAUUCUUCAAAUACAAUAAAACGUUACAAGCCCAAACCAAAGGCACCAAGUUCUGAGUUAUCAUUCGCGCUCAUAAAGCGCAAGGCACAGAUUAUGUCUAUUUUGGAGGACAAGAAUGGUGUCGUUGAAGGAGGUACUCACUUGCAAAAUCUCAUUGCAGCAAAGUUUUCUGAGAAAGAGGGAAGUACCAUUGAUCGUAAGACGGUACAACGCGUUGUUACUCACAUGUUGGCCAAUAACGACCUUCAUGAAAUUCUACUCAGCGUGCCUAAAGAUAAGGACGCUCCUGCAAAGGGGUCUCCUGGCUCAAAGCAAAUUCUAUUCCUACCAUCGAUUGAUCCCGACUGCGAGGAAAUCCGCAAGCUAAAAGCCAGCAUAGCAGAAGGCGUCAAAAAGCGAGCGCCUACCAUACUGCCAGUCCCGAGAAUUUCAAUGAGCAAAGAUGACUUAUUUGUAAGACAUAUUAGAGCCAGUCGUCUGAAACAGGUAGACAGUACUAAAGUCAAAUCCAGGAAAUCCGAAAGAUCUAGACCCGUGGCAGUUCGACGGGAGCCCCGAGUUCCGCCAACUCCAAGAGAAGUUGUGCCACCCAAAUCAACAGCUGACGCCGAACGACCUGCUAAAGCGCGCCGUGUAUCGAAGAAGGAAAGUGCUAUCGAUAAGAAUAUUUUAAUGAUCAGACCAUACAACCCGCCAUCGAACGAACAGUCUACUUCUGUGGGCGGAGAAGGAUACCAAGCUCUUGAAUUCUUGCCAAACUAUGUUCCUCCUAAGCCACAGCGUCGUCAUAAGAACCUUGAUCCAGUAACUGGAAGAAUCAGACGGUCGUUGCAAAAAGGUAGACGAAGCAAAGUUGAUAAUGAAAGACUCUAUAGAGUUGUCAUUAUCGUACGAUCGAUGUUUUCGACGUCACUCGGGUCUAUUGAUUGGGAAAAGGUAGUGACUGCUUUCCCUAAUAUGCUGCCUUCAACAGCUAAAUCAAAGUGGCCCAGUCUCAGAGAUAGAUAUGGGGGUAGGAAACAGGUUGGUCGAGCAAUGAAACGAUGGGAGGAUCUAUUCCUCAAGAGCUACGAAAAUGGAGAGCUACCCCUGGUGCACGACAAUGACUAUGAUGUUGGAUUCUAUGCUGAUUUUUGGAAAGCCAAUGAAAAUGAGCUCGAAAUCUCGCCUGUUCCAUGGCUCCUUGAUAAUGAUGAGGGUAUAGAACAGGGCUAUGAACUUGUUUCAAUUGAGGCAGAUCAUGCAAGAGAUCCAAUAGACCUUUUAUACUAUUCCACAUCUAUGGUGAAGACGGACGAGCUUAUGACACAGUCUCCAUUUGGAUACGACCCUGCUAGUUUACUCCCAGAGACCAGUCCAACUGAUAAAGCCAAACAAGCUGUUAAAGGAACUAUUGCCACGAGUCAUCGGAUUUAUGACGCAAAUAUUUCUAAGGACAUUCUUCUUAGCCAUGGUGCUGAGACCUCGAUCAAAGCUGUUAAAGAGCUUGAAGCAGAUAGGUCAAUUGUUUACUUGCCACGGGACAAAGAAAAAGUUCUUCCUGGUCGAAAUUACUUAUUUUCUGAUAAGUUUAAUGCACAACUCGAUCUGCGUAUUGGAAAUGGCAUGUUUCAUGAAGCAACUGAGUUUGAAAACAAACUGAUUUCUACAUUCGAAUCGUCCAAGGGUAUGAUUAUGUCGAGAACUGCCCCUGAUAGUUCACUAGUAGCUCUGCUUGAUCUGAUAUGCUAUAGAAAAGUGGAUCUGGUGCGCAUCAACACUUUAACGAAUAUCAUGCUGUCAGGUUAUACUUCACGUAUUAUAGAUAAGGAGAAGUUGGAUAGUGAUAUUAUCAUCCGUGGUCUAUUAUCUCACGAAGAGUCGUUAACGAAGCUUGUUCGACCGGAAAUCCCUCCUCCCUUGGGCUCGGGCUGUCAGUAUAUUUGGACCAGUGUUAUUGGUACUUUGAAUGAGGAUAUCUGGGCAAGAGUUCUCAAACAGAUUCUCAUGGUGGUAACAUUCCGUCCUGGUAUUUCGAGUGUGGCCCUUCAUAGAAAGAUGUCUCUUGUAUUAACUUAUGAGGAAACAACCACUGCGUUAAAAUGGCUAUGCGAACGCGAGUGUAUCCGAGUUGGAGAAUACGAUGCUCAUUUUAUUCUUCCACGAUGGUAUUCAAAUAUCUUUGCUUAG